AUGUAUGUGAAGGAAUGUAUCGUGUCUGCUCCUGGAAAGGCUAUUCUUCACGGAGAGCACGCAGUUGUACACGGAAAGGUUGCACUUGCUGUUAGUCUGAAUCUGAGAACAUAUUUGAAGUUGAGAGCCACCAACACUGGUAAAGUUAGCAUUAACCUCCCAAACAUUGACACCUUUCUCUGCUGGGAUGCUUCUGAAUUGAAGCAGCUUAUACAACAUUCAUGUGGGAAGCAGGAGGACGUAAAACGUCUUGAUGCCGAACUUGUGAAGAGACUUCGUGAAUUUGUCGGUGUUGCAGAUGGAAACUUGGAUACAAGCAAUAUGGCCACCUUGGCGUUCCUCUACAGCUACCUUUGUCUGUUUGGAAAAGGGGAGCUGCCAAGCUUGACAAUUUCAGUGUGGUCAGAGCUGCCGACGGGUGCGGGACUGGGCUCGAGUGCCGCCUACUCGGUGUGUUUAGCUGCAGCUCUGCUUUGUGCUAGUGGAGCCAUUUCCAGUCCUCUCAAAGAGUGGGACCACACUGCCAGGUGGUGUCAGGAGGACCUAGAGCUGAUCAACAGCUGGGCCUUCCAAGGCGAGAUGAUCAUCCAUGGUAAUCCUUCCGGAGUAGACAACGCUGUAGGGACAUGGGGAGGCAUGCUGAGGUUCUUGGCCGGGAGGAUAAUACCACUGAGCAGGGUGCCAUUAUUAAGAAUCCUCCUCACUAACACUAAAGUGCCACGUAGCACAAAGGUACUUGUCGCCAGGGUGAAGGACAAAAUUAACAAGUUUCCCACAAUUAUGACCUCUGUGCUCGACUCUGUUGAUGCCAUUUCCUGCACUUGUGAGAAAAUACUCCUAGAGAUGACAUGUGAGCCAAUCACAGGAGAGCACUACAAUGUUUUAGAGGAGCUCAUUGAUAUCAACCAACAUCAUCUGAAUGUAAUGGGGGUGGGACAUCCUGCCCUGGAUACUCUGUGUCGGGUCACGCUCGCGAGGGGUCUACACAGCAAGCUAACAGGCGCAGGUGGAGGGGGCUGUGGCAUCACUCUUCUGAGACCAGAAACGGACACCGCAGUAAUCCAGAGUACAAUUCAGGACUUGAAUGACUGCAACUUUGAUUGCUGGGAAACAAGUAUUGGUGGUCCUGGUGUCCAAAUACAUUCUCCCCGCUCUCUAAAGGAGGACAUUUUAGGGACUUUAAACCGUUUUUGA